AUGUCCCUUACAUUGGGGGUCAGUGGGAAGAAUGUCCCUUACAUUGGUGAUCAGUGAGAAGAAUGUCCCUUACAUUGGGGGUCAGUGGGAAGAAUGUUCCUUACAUUGGGGGUCAGUGGGAAGAAUGUCCCUUACAUUGGUGAUCAGUGGGAAGAAUGUCCCUUACAUUGGGGGUCAGUGGGAAGAAUGUCCCUUACAUUGGGGGUCAGUGGGAAGAAUGUCCCUUACAUUGGUGAUCAAAUUCCCAUCUUACAGAUAGCUAAAAAGAUAUGGUGAUGGUGUCAGUGG